AUGUAGUAGUAAUAAUAAGAUCUUGAAAAUUUUUCAGUAGAUUGGUCCCAAGUAACUAAACCUAAAUUGAGUGAAAAGAGAAUAAAAAAAUAAGAAAUCAAAUAAAAUAUACCAACAGAAGUGAAUGUCUUUGAAAGAAUCUAAAAUUGUUUUAGAUAUAGGAUUGCGACUUUAAUUACUCAACUGGGAUAACCAUAAUAUUACUGCAAAUUUGAUCCGAAAAUAAAAAGAACAGUUUAAUCCAAUAAUAACUAAAAGAAAAAAUUAGAAGAAUAGUUAUCUAAAAUUGCUACUCAAUUAGAAUUGAGUUGUCGAUUCAUCACUAGAUCAAUGUUUUAAAUAACUAGAUAACCUUUACUCAAAUCCAUGGGAAUCGAUAUACGAAGCAUAUUGAACAAAGCCAUGAAUGAUAAAGAAUUUUAGAAAUUAUAUUUGGAUUUAGAUGAUUAAAGUGAAGAGCAAAGAAAAAAGGAGGAAGAGACGGAAAAAUUAUUGGCUUAAAUAUAGCCGUUGUCUGAGCCUGAAGUCAGAGAAGAAAUUGAAAAAUUGCGGAAAAAACACAAUUUAAAUCAAAAUUAAUAUUUAUACGUAAUAUAAGGAGAAUACUUUAAUGAUAUGAAAACCUUAUUUAAUUCAUUAGGUAAAGAAUUACACUACUUUUUAUUAGGUUGGGUAGAAAUAGAUGAUGUUUACACAUAAGUUUACGAUUUUAAAUUUUGCUACUUAAAGAAGUUUUUGCAUAAACCUACUCCAGAAUAAGUUGUAAGUAGAUUUGCUAGUUCAAAAUUAUUAACAACAAAGUUUGGAUUGGCAAGAUCUUUGAAAAGUUGUUAUAUAUUAGGAGGAGUUGACUCUAAUACAUUCUUCCCUAGAUGUUACGAUUUGAGUGAUGAGGGUGAUUUUGAAGACUUUUUGGAAGAGUACAAAUUUACAUUUGCAGAAAAUUAUAUUAAGAAGAACCCAAAGGAUGAAUAAAAGAUAUAAAUCGCAAUAUAAAUCUUAAAUUAUAAGUUAAUGUCCAUUUAAGAUAAAAUCAAUCGAAUUACUGCUGAAGAUUAUCCAGUUUGUACACCUUAACAAUGGUAAAUUUUGUAUAAAAAACCAGAACCAAAGCAAGAUAUUGUUCAAUUUGAUAAUCAAAAUAUAAUGGAAUCAGUUAAAUAAAUAUUAUAAGAUCUUAGUAAUGUUGACCCUUAAUUUAAAAUUUCUAAAGGUGAGAAUAUUUGGGUCACUAAACCUUGUGGAUUGUCGAGAGGAAGAGGAGUGAAAUAUUUCAAGGCAUUAGAGGAUAUACUAGCUUAUACUUUUGGAGCUAAGGAUGUGAACUUUGUGGCUUAAAAGUGUUUGGAAAAUAUAAUGACAAUUUAAAAAAGGAAAUUUGACAUUAGAUAGUGGAUAAUUGUGUCUGAUAUUCAGCCAUUGACAAUUUGGAUGUAUAGAGAAUGUUACGUUCGAUUUUGUGGUGUUGAAUAUAAUACAGAUGACUUAAAAAAUAGAUACGCUCAUCUAACUAACUUUAGUGUCCAAAAAAAUAAUGAGGAAAAUUAGGAGGAGAAGUUAAUGAUGACUUAAGAGGAAUUUGUUUAAAUAUUAAAAGAAAGAGGAUGUGACUUUGAGAGUUAAGUGAGAGAAAAAUUCAAAAGCAUCAUUAUAGCUACAAUGAAAUCUUGUUAAAAGUCUUUUGAGAUAAGAAAGAAUACUUUCGAAGUGUUUGGAUUAGAUUUCAUAGUUGACGAGGAUUGCAAUCCUUGGUUAAUUGAGGUAAAUGCUUCUCCAACUUUUGCUUUUUCAACUCCUGUAACGGAAAGAUUAAAUAAAAUUGGACUGACAGAUUUGGGACAAUUCAUUGUAGAACAUAUCUACAAUAAAACAAAAAAAAAGAAUUAUGGUGGAUGGGAAUUUAUUUAUAAAUAAAAAUUAUGA